AUGGAGGUGUCUGAGGCGGACAAUGUGUCAGCAGUAGUUAUUAACGAAAAACACGAACGCAGAGGUGCAACUAAGCAUUGUGCUUAUGGUCUUUGUAAAAGUGACUCUAGAUAUAUGGAUAGACAAGGUAUGGAAGUCGUUUUCUUUAUUCGCUUUCCACAAUUUCAUCGUGAACCGGAGAAGUGUACUCGAUGGGCCAAUGCAUGUCGACGAGAGAACUUUACUGCUUUGUCGGUAAAGAAGGACACAUAUAUAUGUAGUUUGCAUUUUAAGGGGGGUAGAGGCCCCACGGAAGAAUAUCCUGACCCAAUUCCGGCAACAGCUACCAAAUAUGAGCUUGAAAAAUUUGUCAGAAGCAGAAAGAGGCCGCUAGUGCGAAAAAAUCUGACAUGGUCCCCAGAACCCAAACGCAAGAAGAGUGAUUUAGGGAGUAUAGACAUUGCUGAGACAGAAGCUGCUAGUGCAACAUCUACUGAGGAUCAUCCUACUGAUAUUAAUCAUGAUAAAGUUCAGGCAGCAGAGGCAUUAUUAAUGCUGCAGAAUUCUGAAAGUGAAGAAGUAAACAUUGUUUCUGAUGGACGGAAGAGACUAGAUAUCCAAGAUCCAAAUUCCAUGUUAAAGAAUUCAUGUGAUGAAGAAACCCAGACAUCAUCUUGUUGCUUAACCUUGAAUGAAUCUUUGGCAUUAAAAUUAGAAAAUUUUGAUUUAAAAAGCAAGAUUUUUGAACUUGAAAAAAAAAGUACACAGUCAAAAGCAUUUUCCAUUGCUGAUGUGAAAGAUGAUGAAAAGAAAAUGAUAUUUUACACUGGUUUAACUUAUGGGCAAUUUAUGUGUUUGUGGAAAUUUCUUGGAUCAGCCACAAGAAAUCUUUCUAGAAUAAAUAAUAUGAGGAAAUUUGAGCUUACUCCGUCUAAGUCCAGAGGACCAAAGAGAAAAUUGAACUUUUCCUCACACUGGUUAGACUUCGUCUCGGAUUAUUGCAUACUGACUUAG